AUGGAUAGUCCACCACCAUUAUCUAACAGUCAACUGUCAAUAGAAGCCAAUGAAGCUAAAACUCCACAGCCAAAACGAUCAAUCUUGAAAUCUCUAACACACCUGAAGAUAUUUUUUUUAAUUUUUUUAUAACGAUCCUUCAUAAUGGUAUUUUCAAUUGAUUUCAAAAAAUUGCUUUUUUUGAGUGUUCUAACAUAUAAACUUUCUCGUUAAAAAAAUUAACAAUUAUUAUAUCGUUAUUUGCUGAUUUUUAAACAUUGCGACCUACAUGUGUAAUUUUUUCCACGUGUGGAGAGAUGAUUCCACAUGUGAAGCCCUUUUGAUUUCACAUGUGGAAUCAUCUUUCCACACGUGGAAAAAAUUACACAUGUAGGUCGCAAUGUUUAAAAAUUAGCAAAUAGCGAUAUAGAAAUUUCCCAUAGAUAGCGCUGUUUGCCCUUGAUUUGCCCAUGAGAAAAAUUUUUUGGUUUGACCAAACCAUAUGGGACUGGUCGAACCAAAAAAUUUCCCAGUGGGCAAAUCAAGGGCAAACAGCGCCAUCUAUGGGAAAUUUCUAUAUAAUAUAUUGAGCUUUUGUUAAAUAAUACAAAUUUACAUAACAACCUAAAAUCAUUUAUUAUACUUGAUAAACUUUUGAUAAAACUCAGGUUGAAAAUUUCUUUCUUAUAUAGAUUAUUACAAUAAAAUAAAUAAGAAUAUUUAUACCUGAAAUAAUCCAUAGAGUAGGAAGCUCCGGAAGCGAUCUUUCGUUUGUCAAAGAUAACGCAAGUCCAAAACGAGAAAAAAUUACCAAAGGCCGAGAAAUGUGAUUAGCUACCAAAUCAAGAAAAGAUUUUGAAAACAAGCUGCAAACUAUGCAAAACCGAAUAAAUCACUUAAAACAACAAAAAGAAAAAUCAAUUCAACACAUUGAAAUUUGCAAAAAGAAACACGAAAUCGAGCAAAAAUUCAAAAAUGAGAGAGAAGAAGAACUACAAAAAUUAAUGGACUAUAAGCUUGAAAAAUAUCGAGAACUCGAAGAAAGAAAAAAGCAUGUCCAAGAUUUCGCUGAAAAACGAAAAUUGGGUGUACAAACAGCUAGAGAAAGAUUAAUUAAGAAAAACAGAACAAAUAAUCUAAUAACAAAAGAAGAGCGCAAAGAGCAUGAAGAGUUUAAAAAGAAAAUGAUUGAGGAAGAACAAGAAAAAGCUCAAGAAAGAGCAAAAUCAGCAAUUAAGCAAAAAAGAGUAAACAGCCAUAGAAAAAAUACAAAUUCAAUGCUGAUGCUGAAGGCGAAAGAAGAUGAAUUUCAUCAAAGGAUUGAGUCAGAAGCAAAAGUGACAAGUGAUGUAAAGAAAAAGUUAGAAGAACUCGAAAUGCUGGAGAAAACACUAAUUGAGGAACUCCAAGAGACCAAGGUCAUUGAAGAGUUAGAGCUGAGCCGAACUUUAGGUCUUUCGUUCUUUUCUGUAAAUUCGACUUCAAGAACAAGUCGUGAUAAUUAA